AUGUGUCUGGUGCGAAUGCUUACUCAUGCAUCAAACAGCGACGGCAAAGAAAUAAUCUUUGGAAUUUGGAUGGAGUGUUUUCCCAUACAUGCUACGCACUUGUUUCUACGAUUUCCAUCAGCGCGAAAGGUGGACCGACUCCUAAUUUCUAACCCUAUACCCCCAAAAACCCUCCGGGUCUUCUUUCCUAUUUUGGAUAGACCGUUCGUAUGCCAGCCCACGGGAAGUUAUUGACGCGCUUAUCAGCCCGUAGAAGACCCAGUACUCAUCUCUUAGAUCAGCGUGUCACUCGGCUCUUUCGCUAGCUAUGAGACUGUCUAUUGCUGGCGGCUAGAUGAGGCUGAGCCGAAGCCUGUCAAAUGCUUUGAGUGUGCCAGUAUGUUAGUGCUGUUAUCGUCAGUGAGUGAGUUAGUUUUAUUCAGUCGGCAGCGCUGUACCGCGUUGGUUGACGCGGCCGUACGGAAGUCAUCAUGGAAUAUGUUGCGUUAUUAGUCUUCAUUUGAUGAACCAAUUCGGGCAUUCAGCUUGCACUAUGAAGUCACGACGGUGUUACUAGGAUAUGGCUAUUGCAACGACGUUGAACCCAACUGCGGAUAUUCCGGCACAGAUGCAGGUAGUUCAAUUAAAGAUUGAGUUCACGGCACUGCUAUCACUCUCCUUCCGCGGAGAUGCUGCAUGGGCACACUUGAAAGAUUUUAGACCGUGUUUACAGAGUGGUUGGAAGACUGCUUCCAGCCGAUCAAGGCAGUCCCCGGUUUACAAUGCCCCUCUCAUAUGGGGGAUUGCAGGGAUUCGCUUGAUCGUCACCCACAUGGCAUGGCUUCCGCCUCACCAAUCCACAUCUGAUCAUGCGAGAUCCCGCUCUUCGGGAUUUGACGAAGUCAUUGCCUCGAUGUUAGAAUGUCGCCGCACGAACUCUGAAAAACAUCGUCAACUGUUCAGUCUGGAAAAAAUCUGGGCGUCGGACGAAUAUCUUCGGCAGGUGUUUCAUCCUGCCAAAGUCAAGAACCGAACCCGAACGUCGGUGUGACCGAAAUGCAUUUGGUCUGCAAAACUUGUUGCUUCAAAUACCUCAUACUCGUUUUCCGAACAUGCAAGGCUUCUUGAGGAAUACUGCAGGGUUUGUGUAAGAGGACAAGCGUUAAUCGAUGCCGAUUUAAGGCUGAAAAUGCCAAGGGUACAAAAGGACUCGGGCCUGUUUGGAUUCUUGGGAAAACGGGUCGUUAAUUCCAGUCGGGUAGGCUCUAAGAAGGUUAUUUCUGAAAUUCAGCGCUGGUCUCGACCUCAAGCCCUUGUGCUGACAGAAUGCUGUGCUGACCGCAAGCAGGAGCAGGGUUCCUGAGUGGAUGAUGGGGAGGACAGCGACCCACCUUCUCCGUAGCUCUAUGCAGCAGUGGUAUAUCUCCAUGGCUCAUCUCUCACCACAUGUUUCGGUUGCCAAGCAGUUCCUCUUCCUAUAAAUCAUCUACUUUGUCGUCAAAAGUUUUCUCUGAACAAACCUCAUUCGUCCGAGUAAAGAGUCCGCCGAGUGAGGCCACUCAAAGUGUUUCUAUCAACACGGAUACCACUCUUCGCCAAGAUGAAUGCCCCUUCAGGAAUCAUUGGUUCAGGAGGCCCUAUUUUGAAUGAUACCGAGGAUCCACUAUCAGUAUUUUUUGACUUUGGAAUUGGAUCACCACCACAGGACCCGAUGGAGACGUUGCAGACAUCUUCCGGAAGAAGGAGUCAAGAACCCCCAGCACGAGGAGGUAUAAGAGUUUCGCUAGCAUGUGUGCCAUGUCGAAGCAGACACGUCAAAUGUGGAGCGGAAAUGCCAAACUGCAGUCGCUGUCUUCAAGAUGACAAGCCUUGCUUUUAUGCCAAGUCGAGACGGGGGAUGAGAGACAGAAAUGCACCCAAAAAGAGGGCUUCGAUGCGAGAAGCUGAAAAAGUGAGCCCAGUCCCAGCCAGUUCGAGUGGGCAAAGUGUCAACUCUCUUUCAUAUCUGAGAGCGAACUCAUCAAACGACUCUUACACCGCGCCAUCGUCUGAUGGUUCUGCCAGCCCUGAGAGCUCGUCCUCGAGACUGAGUAGCAAGGUAGCAACUCCCCAGCGCUUGCUGGAUUUUUACUACAGCUCAUUCCACAAGGCGCACCCGUUCCUCUUGCCACGAUACUACUUCCAUAACCGGCUCCAAUCCGACCCUGAGUCAUUGAAAUUCUUAUAUCCCGUAAUGAAAUGGAUUGGAUCGAUGUAUUCAUCCGACAUGCCUUCGGCCGAAUUACAGGAAAUUUCCAUGAAUCAGAUUGAGAUGGCAAAUUUGCCACCGAACGGCUUCACCGUUCAGGCGUUGCUGUUGGCUGCUAUUGCUCUGCAUUCCCAGGAUGAUAUGAUCAAGUCUCGGGUGAUCUUAGACAGAGCCAUAUAUCUCGCGCUUGAGAUACGAAUGAAUUCUCGAACCUUCGCGAACAUGGAAAGAGAUCCAGUAUUGGCCGAGUCUUGGAGACGCACGUACUGGUUCAUGUACGUGACCGAUGCGAAAUUUGCGGCUUUCAGGAACGCUACACACUUCAUGUUGUACACGGUCGAGUCUAAUGUCGAGCUCCCUUGCGAGGAGUGCGAUUAUGAUGGGGUAUAUUCUUUCACUGACAUCGCUCUCGGCUUCGAGACUGACCCAUCCCAGAUCAUUCCCCGCUCCAGGACCUUGGAAGAAUAUGAGAAUCGGGACUUUUUAGAGGACGAGCCGGUCUUCUCGUCGUUCACCUACUUGAUAGACCUGACUCGAAUUUCUGGCUCUCUUCUCGGCUUCGACAGGCUACCCCCAGGCGAUGUAGAACUUGCAGUUAAUAAUGCAGACGCCAUGUUAGUCAACUGGAAGUUGCACCUACCCCGAGAAAAACAAGGUGUCGUUGACAAGAAUGAAGAGCUCGACGAGAUUCUCUUCUUCGCCCAACACCAGCUCCAAGUACUUCUUGUUUUCAUCCAUCGACCCUUGUCGCGUCUCACCCACUGCCCCCUGGAGGAGAUUUCUUCCUGUGCUCGUCCAUCACAUCCACUUCAGUCAACUGGUGAGGAAGACAGAACGUUCUGGCUGCACACGAAGAAGACCCUCGAAGGAGCUGAAGCAGCCAUUAAUCUAUACGCCCUCCCAUGCUCCAUUUUUUCGCACUCGCCACUCGGAAUCUGUGGCCUCACAUUCUCAACCCUUGCCAAUCUCAGCGCCUGCGCGUACAUCCUCACAGGCCCAGAAUGGUACCGUACACGCGACAGGAUACGUCUCGGUCUUGGGAGUCUGAAGACUAUGGGCGAGGUCUGGGCCAUGGCUCGCAAGAGCGAAAAGGAGACGAAGUUGAUUGCCAGGAACGUGUUUGCUAUGCCUAAGCCUGGAACGGCGGUCAUGCAGAGCACGAGGAAUAAUACUCCUAGUUUCGGUUAUGGAAGUGCGCUGCCUUCGUCCUCAUCGAUGAACAUGAUGAACCAUACACCGAUGGAUGUCGGAUGGCAGGAGUUGAGCGAAAUUGAUUAUUUCGGGACAUGGAAUGCAUUCUCAGGGAGACAGCAGGAUAUAAAUGGUAUUCUAACUUGAGGUUUGGCGGUACUGCCCUUUGGUCCCUGACGUUCAGUGUUUGAUGAAAGAGAUGUUUGAUUAGAAACGGCAAAAGUCCCAAUUCAAGGGGUCGAUUGAUUCCACAAUAAACGAAUGGGAUGGAAAUGGGUCGGAUAAAAGCUGGGCGAAAGAUGGCGGGCUCCUCCUCGAUGUCCAUGUUGUCGCUUUGGCAGUAUAUAGAAGCCGGAUAGACUUGAAGGAAGACAGAACUGUGUUCGAUCAAUGAAGGAAACAAAAUUGAAAAAC